CAGGCUGGGGGAGCAAGCUGGUCCUGUCAGGAGCUGUCACAGCAGCAGCCUCUGGCUGAAAGGGCAGCAAGCCAGGCCAUGACAGUUCUGUCGGGGGGGCGGCAUUGAAGCAGAUAGACAGGCCGGAGGAGUGGCAGUGGCACCACAGCCGGAGCACACAGUGGGGGGCAAAGGGGCAGCAGGCCGAGCCCUGCUGGGAGUCAGUGCAGGAGCAGCCGGGAAGCAGGGUGGCUGGCGAGGAACUGGUGAAGCGGAUGGACUGAGGAGGCCCGCUAGCGGAGGGAGCCAUCAGGCUGCAGCACUGCCACUAUGGUUUGGGGGCACCUGGGGGCUGUUGCUGGGCCUGGGGUCCUGACUAGCUUGGUUGGGUGGUGUGCUGGGCACCUGGGGGCCGCGGCUGGUUGGUUGGACACAGCAGGCCCUCUAUACGGGCCCAGGAAAGUUGGUUGGUGCUGGGAACUGGGCGGCAGGGCCUCACGGAGGGCAUGGGCGGUAGGCCUCCAGAAUGCCCCCCCACACACACAUACAGAGCUAAUACUAAUUGAAAAAAACCCCUUGGGGAGCUGUUGGAGAGCACUGCACUUCUCUCCCACCCUCCAUUUUUGGUGAAAUUGGCCCUCUUUGACAGACAUGCCACUGUGUGUGCACACACACACACACACCGGUUCACUCUGCAUAUCCCUAUUUUUUGCUGGACUGGCCCUUUCUGGCAGGCAUUUCUCUCCGUGUACCCCCCAUCCAGUAUCACUGUGGAGCUCCACCCCCCAUUUUGGCUGAGUUGGCCCUCUUUGGUGGACAUUUUGCUACAUUCUCCUUGCAAGGCCUGGGGAAUUGUCUCAUUUGCUAAGCAGGGUCUGCCCUGGUUUUGUUUAGUCUCCUUGCAAGGCCUGGGGAAUUGUCUCCUUUGCUGAGCAGGGUCUGCCCCGGUGUACAUUUUAUACCCCCUGCAAGGCCUAAGGGCCCUCGCGUCACCAUGCCCCCCAAGAAGGCAUAACCGCCUUGUGAUUGUUUUUAAUGAAAAGUGGUAUAGAAAUCUAACAAUAAAUAAAUAAAAGAAGGAAAGUAGGGGGGGGUGCCCUGUGAAACAACCCAGGAGACCGCUUCUGCAGUCUUCAUGAUUGGAGGAUGAGGGUGAUAUGACUUAAAUUUGGGCCUUGCUACACAGGAUGGAGGCUUUGGAGCGUGUUAAGAAGGCCCCGCCGCAGAAGGAUGCGGACCCAUUGGGUCCGCCUCCUAAACACAGGAGUAGAACCAGGGGGGCUGCUCAGGCGGAAUUAUUGAAAUCUAUGUCUGACGGGUUGGCUUCGCUGGAGAAGGGGGAGGUCAUGCUGAGACCGGUUCCUUUGCUACUCAGUGGCCCUGACACCCAGCUACCUGCUGCACCAUCACCUACCGAACUUCCCAGCCCACUGCCCGCGGUACCAGUCUCGGCGGAACCUUUACCAGCAGGACAGCUGGCACCCACCAGGACGGGUCUCUCCUUUGCAGGUGGUCCCCAAAAAGAUGCCCGGUCGAGGGCUUCUAAAGUCUGUCACCAUCUGCUGGACAGUUUCACAAGGCUGUGUGCUGGCGGAGCAGUGGCUCACGUGUGUGUGUUAAUCUGUGGCCAUUCUCUGGUCUUCUGGGCCUACAAGCAAGCCAGCACCUCACCGAUCAGCACCCAACUUAGUUUGGGGAGGUGUGCCAAUGUGCGAUGGCUUGGGAUGAGGGGAAUGCCGUGGAGCCAGCUGCUUCUGAAGCUGUGGGCAGAGUUAGCUAGCAGGUCACCUCCAGAGGUUAUAGUGAUUCAUUUAGUGAUUCCAGCACAGUUCCAAGGAGUGCCUCGAUUGGUCGGGGCUGGGCAGAGGGCGGGGACAGCACACUCUUCGAGUGGCUCCCUUGCUUCCUCUGCCUUUUCCAUCUUGGCUGGCUUCCCUUCCUCCCUCCCCUAGGUGCAGAACGGUUUUGGCUGAUCAUCCUUUAGGAGGCUGAGUAGGAAUUUUUGCCCCUUGGCAUACUGGCCAUACUGAGGGGUCUUUUCGCCUACUAUGUUCUGCCUUUCCUAGUUUUAGUUAGUUAGAUCACAACCGGGCAGGUACAGUGCGGGCUGGGUGGAGGUGUACAUGAGUUUAAGAUUGGUGAGUACCCUUGGGCAGUUUGAAAAAAGGUGGAUUGGUCAAUCGGUCCCUAGAAGCUUGGCAGCUCAGGGACUUAGAUUUGCCAGGAAACCUGCUUCAGGGCUUCAUACACCUUAAAGGCUGCGUGGCUUGGGGUGUGUGAAGCCCUAGGAGUUCAGGACGUACCUAAUACAGUUCUCUGCCAGGAAGCCAGUGUGACCAAAGUGGAGACGGGGUUAUGGUUAAUCAUCUUCGCUUAUUGGUUAAGGUUGCUCUUUUUCCCAGUUCGAUUAGUCCCCCUGAUGCUAGCUGAUAACUUUAAUUUGAAGUGGGAAAGAUCUCUCCAAUGUAAACUGCAUUAUUACAGUUUCUCACAGGAAUCCCUUACGAUUAUGUGUUUUGAGCAGGCCAAGUUAGCACUUAUUUAUUUAUAUUUAUAAUUUAUUUAUUUAUUCAAUUUUUAUACCGCCGUUCCAAAAUGGCUCAGGGUGAUGGACUCUGAUUGAUUGAUCAAGUGCCUUCAAGUCGGUGUCGACUCUUAGUGACCACAUACAUAGAUUCUCUCCUGGAUGAUCUGUCUGAAACUUGGCCUUUAAGGUGUCUCAGUCGUGCAUUCAUUGCUGUCGUAAUCGAGUCCAUCCACCUUGCUGCUGGUCAUCCUCUUCUUCUCUUUCCUUCAACUUUUCCCAGUGUUCUCAGGGAGUUCUCAAGGGAGUUGGGUCUUCACAUAAUGUGUCCGAAGUAUGAUAGUUUGAGCCUAGUCAUUUGUGCCUUGAGUGAAAAUUCUGGAUUGAUUUGUUUUAUGAUCCAUUAGUUUGUUUUCCUGGCUGUCCAUGGUAUCCUUAAAAGUCCUCUCCAGCACCAAAGUUCAAAAGCGUCAAUGCUUUUUCUGUCUUGCUUCUUCAGUUUCCGCAUCCAUAGAGUUUCAUGGGGAAAACCAUGGUCCGAACGAUUCUAAUCUUUGUAGGUGUAGAUAUGUCACGGCAUCUAAAUAUCCUUUCCAAGGCCUUCAUUGCAACCCUACCAAGUGCUAGUCUGUGGCAUAUUUCUUGAUUGCUGGAUCCUUUUCUGUUGAUGGUUGAUCCUAAAAGGCAGAAGCUAUCCACCACUUCAAUGUCUUCAUUGUCAAUUCUGAGGCUGGUUGCUGUACCCGUUGUCAUUAGUUUAGUCUUCUUUACAUUUAGUCAUAGUCCAAUAGUGAUGGAUUAGGAAGGACAAUUAGACCAAUCUUGCCUUCCAAGAGAUGUAUUUGUGAGUAACCAACUUUCCAUUUCAAGAUCACCAAGAUAUUUAAAUCAAAUAAUGGUCCCAAAAUUUAGAAGAGCUUUGACUCCAGUGUGUUUUAAUGUGCUUCCUAUGGCCAUUUUAGAAGGAGAUUUUAAGAAAAUCCUAUAUGUAACCCUGCUCUGCGCUUAUGGUAUAGGUGCCAUUGAAUCAACAGCUCAUGGCCUUCUAUACUUUUUUACAACAAUAUUUGUUUUCAUUUUAUUACCAUCUUUUUAAUUAAAUUUCCAGGCCACUCAGAUUUCCAGGCCAUUUACCUUCAAUAUUUACUGUCCGACCAGAAUUAUCUAAUUCCUUUAAAUAUUGCGAAAUUUUGUUUUAUAGUUUGUAAAAUUCACCAAGAUUAGAUAAUUUGACUUAGCUUAUUGGUUAGUGGUUAUUAUCUUGUAAUCUAAUUGUUUUAUAUAGUUUUGUUAAUUUGUUGUAACAUUUACUGUGCUUUUCUGGUCGUGGACCAUAAUAAAGAUUGAUAUGAGAUGAUAUGAAUGGGUACCAUUCAUAAAUUUUCAUUCAUUCAAAAAAACAAAA